UUGUAAAGGAUAUAGAAGUUUGUUGCAUAUGUGAUCAAACUAAUUUUUGAUGAGCUCAUCACUUACGCAAGCAUGUUAUAUUCAACUUCAGAUUGGGAUAGACAUGGUUUGAAUUUGGGUUGGAUCUAACUAGAUUCUAAUUCAAAUCUUAUUAUUUUAAUUGGAUUUAAACUUGGAUUUAGAUCCAUAGGAUUGGAAAAAGUUUUGAACCCAAACCCUUAGAAUUUAGCGGGUUUAGGGUAUAAAUCUGGGUCCAAAACUGUUGUUUCUCCAAAUAAUUACGAUCAAUAUAAUUAAUCAACAUGAUGAUGACACGUGCUGCUAGCAAAGCCGCACGAUCAAUCAUGACCGGCAAAGUGCUUCCACGUUACUUCUCCACCACCAUUUCCAGUGCCGGUGCCGGUGCAGGUGCAAUUCUCCGAACAAAUGAAACGGCGGCGUUCAAGCUUUUCAACGGAGCAUGUCGUCACGAGGUUGAAGGAAGUUCUACUGAUCACGUGCCUGUAGGGCUUAUUCGAAUGCCGCCGCGGGUGAGGUACAAGAGUACGACGUCCUUGCAAGAAGAAAGAAAAGAUAAUAAGGAGGCUGCAUCAUCCGGUGCCGGGGCAGAUGAUAAUAAUGGGUCCCAUGAGAAUGCGAUUGUAAUUCAACCUAAGAAGAUUUUAAAGGAUGAUGGUACUGAAUGGAAAUGGUCUUGCUUUAUGCCAUGGGAGGCAUACAAGGCAGAUGUGACAAUAGAUUUAAAGAAGCAUCAUGCUCCAACAUCAUUGGACAAAAUGGCUUAUUGGAUUUUUAAAGCUCUUCGUUGGCCUACUGAUAUUUUCUUCCAAGUAUUUGUUUCUAUCAUAAUUUCUUUUGCUUUCUCUAAAAUAAUCUGGAUGGUGGAGGCAGAGGAGGUUGUUGGAAAGCUGAGCUCUGCUAGAACAGUGCGCACAAAGGAUAGCAAAUGGUUCACCUCUUCCCUUAUUUUGCGUUUGCUCCUCCACAAGGGCCAUAUGCUCCUCCCUGGAAAUAGAAUUGUUGAGGCGAUCAUCUAUUUGAAUCAAGCCUCUCAUUAA